AUGCGUUUCUUCACCGCGACUAUCAUCUCGGCCCUGGCGGCCUUGGCCAUGGGUCACACCCAGCCCGACUACUCCAAGCAGCCCAAGGGCAAUGCCAUUGUCAAGCCGGGUCUGCACGAGCAGGUGCCCGAGGGCAAGCCCUACACCAUCCACUGGGAGCCCAGCACCGAGGGUCCCAUCUCGCUGGUCCUCCUGCACGGCCCCACUGAGAACGUCAAGCCUCUGGAGACCAUUGCCGAGAAGAUUCCCAACUCGGGCAAGUACGAGUGGACUCCCAGCACCAAGCUGACUCCCGAGGACACCCACUACGGCCUGCUCCUCGUCGUCGAGGGCUCCGGCCAGUACCAGUACUCGACCCAGUUCGGUCUGACCAACAAGGAGGGCUCGGGCUCGUCCAACGGUGAUGGCAAGACCACCACCGUCGUCGACGAUGUUACUACUACUAUCUGCCCCGAGAGCCAGUCUGCUACUGCCACCCCGACCUCCACCCCCUCCAGCACCGUGACUGUCAUCGACGACGUGACCACCACCAUCUGCCCUGAGAGCCAGUCCGCCUCUGCUACCGCUACUCCCUCGGCUCCCGUCUCUGCUGCUCCCUCCGCCGGCCCUAGCGUGCCCUCCUCGCCCGCUGGCUCCGCCCCGGUCACCCCCUCGGCUGCCCCCUCUGCUGCUCCCUCGGUCGUCCCCUCCGUUGGCUCCUCGUCCACUGUGACCCAGAGCUUGGAGGUCACCACCACCAUCUGCCCCGAGGAGAGCAAAACCCCCGCCGUCACCCCCGGCGCGGGUCCCUCCGCCCCCGGCGCGGGUCCCUCCGCCCCCGCUGCCGGCCCCUUCCGCCCCGCCAGCUCCGUUCCCUUCGUGCCUGGCCGUGGCCCCAGCACCCUGCGCAGCUCGCCUGCCUCCGCCCCGACCCAGGGUGCUGCUUCUCCCUCUGCGUCGUCCUACAGCGGCGCUGGCCGCAACGCUGUCAGCCUCGGCGCCGUCGUGGCUGCCAUCCUGGCCGUUGUGGCUGUCUAA